AUGGGGCCUGGUGACCGAGGGGUGAAAGCCGUGAAAUGUCCGGAUACCUUCCCCCAUAUUGACCAUAAACUCGCCUCGCCAAUACGAAAAAGAAUCAAACCAAGAAACAACAAAUCCUCAAACGCCAGUAGCACCCCCAUCAAACAUCAAAAGCCGUUCCCGCACACCCUCAUGACCACCAAAACCGCAACGGUGAUGAACAUCUCAACUGCCGCCUGCCGGCCCCUCCCUCCGGAAACCCCACGCAGGCGCCGAUCCGACGACGACACCCCUCGGGCGGCACACGGGCGGAUAACAUUCGCUGUGCACAAAUUCCAAUUGUGCAGUAACGGUCGCUUAUGUCACCCAGGCACGCUAGGUAUCUUCCCGAUUCUGUACACCCUCUUGAAGAACAUCCAACCGCCACCAUCGUCUCCGCGCCCUCUCAACCACACCAGCUAA